CUAAACAAAAGGAAAAACGAAGAAAAAGAAACGCUGGUAGCGCUCUCCCCGAACACACCCUAUGUGUAUAAUGUGAAUUAUCCUUAAAAUACAUGUGAUCUAACCCUUAUUGCAAAACGUUGGUAUUACCGAAUGCGACACAUGCUGUGUGCCGGUUUUGUAUGCAGGUUAUAUAGCCUUGAAUUGCGCGGUACUAAUAUUAGUUUUGAUGAAAAUAUUUCAUUAUUUUUGGUAUUUUUAGCUUUUUACUUUAGCCAAACUAUGUUUUCUUUACUCAAAUUGAAACAUACUAAAACAUUAAUAGUUGUGAAAUCUACUAGUCUAAUUAAAAAGAAAAAAGAUUAUUUGAUAAAAUUAGACAAUGGAAACGAUGGGUUGGAAUAUUUCUUUGUAAAUCGGUUAUUUUCAGAUGAAAGACACACUCUUAUAGAAAUAAAAAAGAACAUAGAUACCAACUCACCAAAAAUUCUAAUAAAGGAUGUUAACAAAGGGUCAAGUGACCAAUGUGAAAAUAAUGAAACUACUGGUAAUGAGCCAAUUAAUAUAACAAAUAAUGACAAAUGUGCUUCCAAUGCAGACACAAUAAAUCAAUUUCAUAUUCAACAUGAGGAAUCAAAUACUAUAGUAAACUCAUAUUUAGAUUUGGAUGUGAAGUCCGAUUUUCACAAUGAUAAAUUACAGAGCAAUGUUAUAACUAAUAAAAAUUUACAAAGUCAUACAUUAGAUAAAACUAAAUCUUCUAAAACCUAUCCUCGAAUUAUAGAAGACAAGAAAUGCAAAAUAAAUAUGACUAUUUUAUCAAAAAGUAGUGACACAACAGCAAAUAGUUCAUUACUAGCUGAAAAUAAAUCCACGUUUACAUCUAUCACUGAAAAUACUGAACUGGACAGCACUAUAGUACCAUUUUGUGAUUUAAACGGAGUUAAGAAUUCUUCUAUAAACAACGAUAUAAAUAACAAUGACAAUAAAUUAUAUUGCAGUAACUCACAAAUUGAAAAUGUCUCGCAAAAUACAGACAAGAUUAGAGAAGAAUAA